AUGGCUAUGAAAUACGUUGCUGCGUAUUUGAUGAACGUCCUGGGUGGCAAGGAUGCCCCCACGGCAAAGGAUGUGGCCCAGACCAUCGAGGCAGUAGGAGGAGAUGUUGACGAACAAGUUCUUAAUGCUCUCAUUACUGCCAUGGAAGGAAAAACUGCGCAUGAGAUGAUUGCUGCGGGCAUGGAGAAGCUGCAGAAGAUCCCGACGGGAGGCGCUGUUGCUGCAGCUCCUGCAGCUGGCGGUGCAGCACCUGCCGCUGGUGGCUCUGCACCAGCAAAGGAAGAGAAGAAGGAAGAGCCUGAGGAGGAGGAGGACGGUGACAUGGGUCUGUCUUUGUUCGACUAG